AUGGCGCCUACGGGGACGUUUGUUCACAAGCAAGCGGUUACACGGGACUAUGUGUUGCACCCCAGGAUAAGCUAUAGGACUGUUUCUGGUGUCAAUGGUCCGUUGGUUAUCUUGGAUGACGUCAAAUUUCCUAAAUACGCUGAGAUUGUCCGCCUUACCUUAGCGGAUGGUAGUGUGAGGAGUGGCCAGGUCCUGGAAGUCAGUGGAAAGAAAGCCGUUGUUCAGGUUUUUGAGGGUACAAGUGGUAUAGAUGCCAAAAAUACGACUUGUGAGUUCACGGGAGAUGUUUUGAGAACCGCUGUGUCAGAAGAUAUGCUUGGCCGUAUUUUCAAUGGGUCUGGGAAGCCUAAGGAUGGAGGACCUUCCAUUUUGGCUGAAGACUACUUGGAUAUUGAGGGCCAACCAAUAAAUCCUUACUCUCGUAUCUACCCAAGGGAAAUGAUCCAAACCGGUAUUUCGAGCAUUGAUGUGAUGAAUUCAAUUGCUCGAGGACAAAAAAUCCCAAUUUUCUCUGCUUCGGGUCUCCCCCACAACGAGAUCGCCGCUCAAAUCUGUCGUCAGGCCGGCCUUGUGAAGAAGCGUGGAAAUAAUGGCGCAGAGGAUGGAAACGACAACUUUGCUAUUGUUUUUGCUGCCAUGGGUGUUAACAUGGAGACUGCCCGAUUUUUUAUGCAAGACUUCAAGGAACAUGGCUCCAUGGAAAAUGUCUGUCUCUUCCUUAAUCUGGCCAACGAUCCGACUAUCGAGAGAAUUAUCACGCCUCGUAUUGCCCUUACAACUGCGGAGUAUUUAGCCUAUCAGUGUGAAAAACAUGUGCUCGUCAUUUUGACUGAUAUGAGCUCUUACGCUGAAGCUCUUCGCGAGGUUUCUGCUGCAAGAGAAGAGGUUCCCGGUCGUCGCGGUUUUCCUGGUUACAUGUAUACCGAUUUGGCGUCAAUCUACGAGAGAGCGGCGGAUCCAUCACUCAAAAUUCCCAUUCUCACCAUGCCUAACGACGAUAUUACCCAUCCCAUUCCUGAUUUGACCGGUUAUAUCACUGAGGGUCAGAUAUAUGUUGACCGUCAACUGCACAAUCGACAGAUUUAUCCACCGAUCAAUGUCCUUCCGUCCCUUUCUCGUCUCAUGAAAUCGGCCAUCGGUGCAGAGAUGACGCGAGAGGAUCAUUCGGACGUAUCAAAUCAGCUGUACGCCUGCUACGCUAUUGGUAAAGAUGUUCAAGCCAUGAAGGCGGUCGUCGGUGAGGAGGCACUGAGCGCAGAAGACCUACUUUAUCUCGAAUUUUUGAGCAAGUUUGAGAAGCUCUUCAUCUCUCAGGGUGCCUAUGAGAAUCGUAGCAUCUUCGACUCCUUGGACAUUGGAUGGGAUCUUUUGCGUAUCUUCCCCAAGGAGCUACUCAAACGCAUUCCUGAGACAACGCUGAACAAAUACUACCCUCGUCGAAUGGGGAGGCAGAACUGA